AUGGAAUUUAAUACGAAACAUAGAAAAUUAUCUAAAACCAAAAAUUCCGCUCGUACUCCAUCUGCCAACAAGCCUCGUUUAACUAAAAAGAAGACGGUUACAAGAAAACGUAAAUGUGUUUGUUUGCCUGAAAAUUAUUCAAUUGUUGAGUUUCCUGCUAUUUGGAAUGAAUUGAGACAGAACGACCAGCUAUGCGACGGCACAAUUAUAUGCAGAGAUAUGAAAUCCAUUCGGAUUCAUAGGGCAAUUCUAUCAGCGGUCAGCCCUUACUUUAAAGCAAUAUUUGUGAAUUCGCUAAAGAAGGGACAACCUGAAGAGACAGAGAUAUUUGUAGAUGUUCCAAGUUAUUACAUGGGGUUGAUUCUUGACUAUGCAUACACAGGCACGUGUACAGUAACAGUAGAAAAUGUUGAAAAGUUGUUGCCGUAUGCAGAUCAAUUUGAUGUUGUGGGCAUUAUUCAACUGUGUUGCCAGUUACUGAUGCAGGAACUGAGACCGCACAACUGUCUUGGAAUAUUUAAAUUUGCUAGAUGCUAUUUCUGUAGCGAAUUGGAGAAAAAAGGUAAAUUGUAUAUAAGACAGAAUUUCGCGAGAAUUCUUAAAGAGUGCAAUGAAUUUAAAUCAUUGUCAUACGAAGAAUUAGAGGAUAUACUGAGAGACGAUGAGCUGAAUGUCCGAAAUGAAGAAAUAGUUUUCCAAGCAGUUAAAACGUGGGUAGAACAUGAUUUAGAAAAUAGACGAAAGUAUGUUCCUGCUUUGCUUUCGUGUGUGCGAUUUGGACACAUAAGCUACAAAUAUUUUAAAUCCAAGAUACUUCAGUGGCAACCGGUCGCAGAUGAUGAGAAAUGUCAAGAAGCAUUAUACCCGGCGGUGGUAUUCCUAACAUUGUUGGACUCCAGACCUGGCACAGAGGCCGAUUUAAAUGACCCAUUGGCAAGACCCCGGAUACCUUACGAGAUUCUAUUUGCGGUCGGCGGAUGGAGCGCUGGGAGCCCUACCAGUUUUGUUGAGACUUACGACACACGAGCUGACCGUUGGUUUCUCUCGAUCCACAUGGAUCUGACACCUCGGGCGUACCACGGGCUAUGCACUCUAAACAACCUGAUCUACAUGAUCGGCGGCUUCGAUGGCAGCGACCACUUUAACACUGUACGAUGCUACGACCCCGUCUCCAACAUGUGGCACGAACGCGCCUGCAUGUACCAAGCACGUUGUUACGUCAGCGUUGUCGUUCACGAUGGUUUAAUAUACGCGUUGGGCGGAUACAACGGGCGUACGCGGAUGUCGUCGGUGGAGAGAUAUUACCCGGACAAAAACCAGUGGGAGAUGACGACGCCUAUGAACAAGCAGCGCUCCGACGCCAGCGCCGCCUCGCUGGGCGGUAAGAUCUACAUUGUGGGCGGCUUCAACGGUCAGGAGGUGCUGAGCUCCGCGGAGAUGUUUGACCCGGAGACGCGACAGUGGUGCUUCAUCAGAUCCAUGCUGAGUCCGCGCUCCGGCGUCAGUCUCAUCGCUUAUCGCGACUCGCUGUACGCGCUCGGAGGGUUUAAUGGAUACAGCCGACUGAAUACUGGUGAGAGAUUUUGCCCCCACCGCGGCGGCGACUGGCAGGAAAUAACGGAAAUGUUCAGCGCUCGGAGCAACUUUGCGACGGUACUGCUGGACGAUAUGAUCUUUGUUAUUGGUGGAUUUAACGGAUCGACAACAAUUCCGCACGUGGAGUGCUACGAUGGCGAUACAUUGGAAUGGUACGACGCAGCGCCAAUGAACUUGAACCGCUCAGCUCUGAGCGCGUGCGUGUUGUCCGGUUUGCCCAACGCACGCUCCUUCUCCUACCUGGCGAAGGCUGUCCCCGCCGCCGGCGCUGACCAGGCACAUCACUAAAACCUUCACCUCUUUAUUCCUCUGCAAUGCAAUUCGGCAUCAAAAUUACAACUGGCU